GCGUGCGGCUCAGCGCCGAAGCGGCCGACUCGUGGGUCCUUUCUCCUUUUGCAGAGCCGAAACAGUCAACACAAAGAAAGACAAGCAAUAGGGAUAGCCAUUUUAGGCGAUUGAUUGCUGCAAAAGCCAACGUGGGGGUGUGUCAGCGGGCAGAGCAGAGGGGUGAAAAACCAAUAACCCAGCAACUUGAACCUAAACUGUUCGAUGAAAUGUCUCUGUAUAAAUUCUGUUCUCCAAAUCCCCAUUUCUCCACUGGGGUUGGUGAUUUUGAGUGAGUUGUAGGCUGCCAUGGGCGAGUUCAAGCACCUUGUGAUUGCCAAGUUCAAGGAGGGUGUGAAUGUGGAAGAGAUUGUGGAGCAAGUGGAGAAGGUGGUUUCUGAUAUCGACUCUGUCAAGUCCUUCGAGUGGGGACAUGAAGCUGAAGGUCAAGAGAUGCUGACACAAGGCUUCACGCACGUCCUCUCAAUGACAUUUGAUGACAAAGAAGGCAUCACUUCGUUUCUUACCCAUCCUAAGCAUCUUGAGUUCUGUCCCACUUUCAGUGCAGCCAUUGACAAGAUUGUGGUGCUUGAUUUCCCAUCUCUUCUCGUCAAGCCACCUCCACCGCCUUCACUCCCACCGCCACCGUCACCGCCAGCAGCAGCAGCACCAUCACCGGAAACUGUCCCGCCACCCGCGUUGACAUCGACACCUCUACCGCCACCAGUACCAACAUCUGCAACUGCUCCAACACUGGCGUCUGCUCCAGCUCCAGCAUGAUCUAGGAGGACAUCAAAGACAAUGUGGCAUUGUCCAGCGUUAAAAAUAGUAAUCUCUCAUCUUUAUAUUGCAGUGUGUACUCUUCUGUUUGCUUGAGAAUCAUGGGAAGUGAAGUCUUUCUUAGUGGGAGAAAGUGGGUUGAUGAUCCAUAAAUUUGCCUGCUGAGCUAAUCUAAGUAUCUACUUGCUGUGUCUUUCUUUUUAAUGAUUGUCACAUGGUGUCCAGUGGGAUGAGAAUACCCACUCUAGUUCUAACGUAGGAGGUCCCGUUUUUACAAAGUUUGUUUGCCA